UUACAGAUAUUAUAUAAUUAUUGUCUAAUGUUAAUAAACUGUGAUAUUGGAUAUAACAAAUGAUUCUAUCGACUUAUAAGUGAUUACGUCAUCAACUACUGACGUCAUACCUACAACAUGACGGAUAUGGAAAUAAUUAAACAGGGUUCCCGAGUAUGGCUGGUGACCGGGGAAACCCCCGAUGAUUGGAUUCCUGCUACGGUCGAACAAAAUGAUUCUGUGGAAGUUCUGAUCAAGACUGAUUAUGGAGAGACUCAUCGAAUGUGGUGCUCAGAAGUUGACUCAACGAUGGUUCGACCAAUGAAUGGUUUAUCAGCCGAGGGGCUGGACGACAUGGCUAAAUUGUCUGAACUAAACCAGGCCUCCAUCUUGUGCAACUUGAACGUCAGAUAUCAGAAGAAUACUAUAUAUACAUACAUCGGUUCCAUCCUCAUCUCAGUGAAUCCCUACAAGAAGAUCGAAGGCCUCUACGAUUCAGAUAAAUUAGCGUUGUACCGAGACAAGGACCUUGGGGAACACCCUCCCCAUGUCUAUGCUAUUGCUAAUGAAACUUACUCCUGCAUGUGGAAAAGAGAGGAAAACCAAUGCGUGCUAAUCAGUGGGGAAAGUGGUGCCGGGAAGACUGAAGCGACAAAGCUGAUGCUGAGAUUUCUGUCGGAUGCAAGUCGAAUAAAAGCCCAUAAAACAGAAUCACAAGACAAUGGUCGAAACACAUCGAUCGAGAAGUCAAUUUUAGAGAGCGGACCAUUAUUGGAAGCAUUUGGAAAUGCAAAAACUGUCUACAACAAUAAUUCGAGUCGUUUUGGAAAGUUUAUUCAACUUUUAUUCGCUCAAAAUGGAGGAAUCCAGGGCGGAAGAAUCACUGACUAUCUUCUUGAAAAGCAUCGUGUUGUUCGACAGAAUCCUGGUGAAAGGAAUUAUCAUAUUUUCUAUCAACUUUUAUCUGGGCUAGAGCAAGAAACAAAAGAUUCUCUAUUCCUGACGAACCCCAAAGACUUUUACUACUUGAACACAACCGGCUGCAUCUCUGAUCCUACAUUGAACGAUGCCGGUGAUUGGGAAUCACUUGUGAAUGCUCUCAAAGUGAUUGGUUUUAAGCAAGGGCAAUGCAUAGACAUGCAGAAUGUGUUGGCUGGAAUUCUUAACCUGGGAAAUGUUAAAUUCAUGAAUGCUGGAGGAGCUCAAGUCACUGAUCUAGAUGCUGUCGAUAAGGCAUCCCAGUUACUCGGGCUCGAAAGUGAGCGUUUGGAAUCGGUUUUAAAAGAAAGAACAAUGAAACUGAGAGGAGAAAACAUCACAUCGCCGCAGAGUGUUGACCAGGCCUGCGACUCACGGGAUUCCAUUUCCAUGGCUUUGUAUUCCCAACUGUUUCGUUGGAUGAUUUCAAAGAUCAACCACAAAAUAAAAGGACCAGAUGAUUUUCAUUUCAUCGGGAUUCUGGAUAUUUUCGGAUUCGAGAAUUUUGAGACAAACAGAUUUGAACAAUUUUGCAUAAAUUUUGCAAACGAAAAACUUCAGGAAUUUUUCAAUCGACAUAUUUUCAGUCUGGAGCAAUUAGAAUACAGAAGAGAGGAGGUGGAGUGGUGUGAUAUAGAAUGGACUGAUAACAGCGAAUGUCUUGAUCUGAUUGAAAAGAACAUGGGAGUCUUAUCACUGAUAAAUGAGGAAAGCAGAUUUCCCAAAGGAACUGAUAAUUCAUUGCUGAAUAAAAUGCAUGGACAACAUCAGAACAAUUCUUACUACCUGAAACCGAAAGUAUCAGGUCAGCAGUAUGGAAUCAAACAUUAUGCAGGAGAGGUAUAUUACACAAUCACUGGAUUCCUUGAGAAGAACAGAGACACAUUCAGAGAUGAUCUCCUGACCUUACUGAAAGAUUCUAGCAACGAUCUCAUUUAUGACUUGUUUGAGAAAGUUAGAGGAAACAAUGAAGCAGCUGGGAAAGGGAGAAACAAAAAAGCAACAACUAUGAGUGGACAAUUUAAGCAAUCUCUUCACUCCUUGAUGGAAAGACUUUCAUCUGCGAAUCCAUUCUUUGUCCGAUGUAUUAAACCAAACAUGGAGAAGGACCCAGACAACUUCGCAGCAGGUGUUGUGUUGAAUCAACUAAAAUACUCAGGAAUGUUGGAAACUGUGAGAGUUCGAAGGGCAGGAUUCCCUGUCAGAAGAAUUUUCCAGGAUUUUGCAGAUCGAUACUGGAUGGUUAAAAACUUCAAAGUUCUUCCAAAUAAUCCCCAAGAUACUGCCAGGGAGGUUCUGGUUGUCAUUGACGACACAAUGAAACUGUGGAAACUCGGAAAGACAAAGGUUUUCAUGAAAGAAAUUCUCGAACAAAAACUUGAAAAAGUUCGCCUUGAAAAAGUCAAUAAAGCUGCCGUCAUUGUGCAAGCAACUUUACGAGCUGUUGCUUGUCGAAAACGAUUCUUGAAAAUGAAGAAACUAAUCAUUCAUGUACAAAGGCAUGUAAAGGGUUUCAUUGCAAGACAAAAGUUCAGGCGGACCAUGCGAGCAGUUGUCAUGCUUCAACGUAUAGAGAGGGGAAGAAAGGCUAGGACUCUCUUUCGCCAACUACUGGCUGAAAAACGAGAAAGAGAAAGAAUUCGUCUCGCUGCUACAAUCGUACUUCAGAAAUAUACAAGAGGGCUCUUACAAAGAAGAAUAUACAAGGUAAUUUUGGAGAAGCAUCGUCAACUUAUUGCACUCAAAGAGCAAAUGGAGAGAGAAAAGAGAGAAAGAAUAGAAAGAGAGAAGAGAGAAAAAGAAGAAAGAGAAAGAAGAGAACAGGAAGAGGUUCGAAUUGCCAGAGAAAAAGAACUAGAAGAAGUGGAGAGACAGAGAAGAGAGGAAGAAGAAAAAUCAGCAAAGCAACAAAAACUAGAUCUGGAAGCUGUUAGUAGAAAAUUACUCACUGAAACACAAAUCGAAAUUGUCCCCACUCAGCCCCAAAUUUUACCCCUACCCCCAUCUUUGGAUGAAGAUGCGUUAAGUCCUAGUGAGGAUGACUUCAUGACCUCCCCAGGGAUUGAAAAUUUAUCUGGGAAAUCCCCUAAUUUCAAUGACGAACCGUUCCCGUUUUAUGAGGAAGACUCGACAAGUUUUAUAGAAAACCGACCAAAGGCAAGCUUGAGAGAAAGUGCAAUACUAGCGGACUUGGAUGUCGUAUUGAAAGAUGCGGAUGAUCUUGCAAAUGUCGACAGUGCCUAUUCAACAGUAAGAAAAGGAGAGAAUAUCAUGCAAGACAUUUACGAUGUUCCCAAUGCUGAUGACGAACUUAAUGAAGCAGAACAGAGUGAAAUGGAGAGAAUUCUGCAACUGGAAAGAGAAAUCGCAGCCCUGCAGUAUGUUGCACCACAGCCGGAAAAAACUUUAUUCGAAAAUGACAUAUUCGGAGAAAUUGACAGAGAUGUCGGUGAUAUGGAUCUGCUGAAGGAUCUCGGUUUCAAAGAAUUGGAAAACACGAUAGAUGAAUUGAUUGAUACUAAAGCUGUGAAAGAUAUCACUCCUCUGCAGUCAGAUGAGGAAGAAGAACAGGUAGUUACUCAAAUUCCAACAAUGCCGGCAGAAGAAGAACACGUUUAUGACAUGUCACCUGGUGAAGACUCCUGCUAUCCUCAGACAGAAACUGAUUCUUAUUUCACCGAUUCAUCCUUCUCAAGCGACGAGGAUAUCAGUGAGGAGGGAGCAGAUACUGAUACAAUCGUUAGUUCAACACCUGAAUCUCACUGGCGCCCCACAGUGUAUUUCCAUGGAUACUUAUAUAUUAAGGGAGGAUUGCGUAACCAAUGGAAACGGCGUUGGUGUGUACUCCGAGACGAUAUGUUUAUGUUUUUCCGAAGCAAGCAAGAAUUCAUCAAGUGUGGAUGGCUUUAUAAAAAGACUGGCAAAGCUGGAACUAUUCGUGGCACCUUGCCUAGGAAGGCAUGGCAGAAAAAAUGGUUCAUCGUGGAUGAUAAAGAAUUGAAAUAUUUUGACACAGAUGAAGAAGGAGCCAAAUCUAAAGGUUCAAUCGACAUCCACAAAGCCACUGAAGUCCUUGAUGAAGUCGAGAAGGAGAAUGGUAUAGAUAUCAUUAUGUCAUCAACAAAGACUCAUCAUCUUGCUGCUGAGAAUGAAGAUGAGGCUUCUGAUUGGUUCAGCAUUCUAGGCAAGAUUCAAUCCGGAACCCCACAGGACAUCUCCUUCAUGGAGAAAGCACCUGCGAAUCCUAGGAAUGCAUCUGGAACUGUAGAUGUUCAAGAUAUACAGAAUGUUAAUGCUGCACAAUUGCCUGGCAAGCAACACACAUUUGUUCUCACAACUGCACAGAGAGUUCAUUCAUUCGCUUGUGAAUCGGCUGAUGAAAUGCAUCACUGGAUAACUAUGCUGAAUGAAAGUAAAAAGAAUACGGCAAUGCAUGGAGGAAACCAUGGCUCCGGAACGCAAGGAUGGCUUUUGAGAGGUUUAGUGGAGCGAAAUCGAUUGACAUUCCAGCGUCGUUAUUUCAAGUUAACGCCGAAUACUGUCGAAUAUUACAAGAGUCCGACGAGUUCUCAGAAACUAGGAUGCCUGGCGUUGAAUAGUUUAUGUAUUGUUACAGCCCCUGAUGAGGAACAACAGAAAAUCACUGGUCUCUGGGAAGUAGUUGUGUACGGUCGCAAGCACACGCUACGUUUGAAUUCUAAGCUUUAUAACGAUGCUUCCACCUGGUAUAACGAGAUCCAGAAUAUCAUCGACGGUCACGGUGACGUCGUCUCGAGAACUGAACAACUUCUGAGCAGAUUUAAGGAUCUUGAAAAUGAGAAAGAGAUUGAUUUGAUUUACAAGAGGAAUCCAGUUUUACGACAAACUGAUGAACCGAUGCGAUCGCCACUGCUCUCACUUAUGUAUGAACAGGUACCAUAUCGUGACGAUCAUUUCACUCUUAGAGACGAAGCCACCAGGUUGUUCUCUGUUUUAUUACGAAUGGAAACCGAGACCUAUCAGAGCAUUGAAGAAGAAGCCUCAGCAAUACAGAACAUCCUCUCCUCUCUCCACGGAAUUCAAUCAUUACAAGACGAAUUUUAUCUUCAACUAAUAAAGCAGACAGCUGUCUAUCAAACGCCUCUAGUGACAGACGAACAACGGCAAUCACAACUUCACGUAACGUCAUGUCCGCACUACUGGCAUCUUAUCGCUUGUAUGUGCUGUGCGUAUCAUCCUUCUAGGAAAGUUAUGCAGUAUUUGAGGUUCCAUUUGAACAGAGUUAUUCAAAAAUAUCCAGAGUCACCAGCAGCACAAUAUGCAGGAUAUGCAAUCGAUUCGUUGCAAAGAACUCGACACAGGAUGGAAGUUCCGUCACUCGAAGAAAUUAUCACAAUACUCGAACUACAAAGCCUUGUAACAACGAUUUAUUGCUAUGGAGGAGCAACCUGUGAAAUACAGAUUCACUCGGCUACUACUGCUGGAGAGGUUGUGGAGAAACUUCUUAGAGGAAUGCAGUUAGAAAACAACACAAAUACAUUCGCGUUAUUCGAGCGGUGCGGAUCUGAAGAUAAAGCGAUUGAAAGUAAUACUAUUGUUGCCGAUGUGAUCGCGAAGUUUGAAAGGUUAAACGGUGGAAUUGCUCGAAAUUCUGUACCACAGGAAAACCAAUGGAUACUUUAUUUUAAGUUGUUCUGUGUCUUCAAUCCAAUGCAAGCAAAAGAAACAUCAAUUGAAUAUUUGUUCUUGUUUGAGGAGAUCCAUGAACAAGUGAUCCAUGGUUUGUAUCCAUUGAAUGAUGAGAUCACUCGACAACUUGCUGCUCUCAGGAUUCAGUUUGUCAAAGGAGAUUAUAAGAAGAGCAAUUGGGACAAAGAGAUUGAAUCAUACUACCCAGUCAUAAAGAUGCGACAAGCUUAUGAACUUCCAGAUAAAGUAUUAUCACCAAUGCCUUCCCCACAAAACACAAUAUCUGACAGGAAAAAUGAUAAAAGGGGAUCAUUUUCUCUGGGAUUCGGAGAUGGAAUGGGAACACCAACCAGGAAAAAGUCAUCCACUCUCCUGAAUUCACUGAAGAAAAGAACGGUGAAAAGAAUCAAAGAAGAGGGAGGACGGGACGCUGAAAUGAAUGAAACAUUGUUCAAGGAAGAACUGCAAGAUGUGAAAGCAAACAUUGCAGAUCGCUGGUACAAACUGAAAGGGAUGCCUCGAGAAACUGCUGUGGUUGAAUACGUCCAACUCGCUCGAACAUGGCCAGGGUUUGGUUCAGCAUUGUUCACUGUUUCAAACAAUGAAGCAGCAUUUGGGGAGUCGUCACUGACUAUCGGGGUUGCUAGCGAUGGAAUAUCGGUCUACAAAAGAGGUUUCCCGAAUAUUUUGGAUCAUUUUACUUAUUCUGGAAUGUUGUCUUUUGGAGCACUCAGCGCAAAUCAGUUCCUGAUACAGAUCGAAGGUCGCGGAGAAAUUAUGUUCAUCACCGAACAAGUCUUAGAAAUCAUUAAACUGAUGAAUUCAUUCCGUAAAGCUAUGGUCCGAAGGAAGCGGUGAAGCUUAUGAUGUCACUAUGACUUAUUGUCACAAACUUAUGAUGUCAUAAUAUCAUUUGUUUCUGAUAUCAUCAUACCUUAUUUAAUGGAAAUUGAAACAUGGGGAUGCCAUACUUGAUAAUGAUGUCACAAAGAUGUAGUAUAGGUAUUGUGAUCUUUUGUUGGAAAUCUGUUGUUUGUGAAUCAAUACAAAACCGAACCUGUUUAUUAAAAUCCAUUCAAUUUAAAUUUUUCGAAUCUCAUCACUUGUUAGAAAUAUUGUUGCCCUGCUAUGAAUAGCUGGCCACACCUGUUGCCUUUUUACACAUCUUAUCACCAAUUCUUCACUUUGUGGCUUUCUUAUUAUAAAUUCAUGUAUUAAACUAUUAUAUCUAUGCAUUAGUAUUCAAAUUAGUUAUGUGCUGCCUUAAAAAUUGUUUUUCUCAAAUGAUUUUAGACACAGAAUAAUCUGGUUGGAUGAUUUUGGAUGUAUUCUGUCUAUAUGAUUUUGGAAACAUAAAAUGUUCUAUUUGAUGAUUUUUAGACAGAAAAUGAUUUGCUUAACUGAUUGUUCAACAAGAAAUGUUCUGAAGAAUGGUUUCAGACGCAUAUGAUUUCACACUGCAUUAUCAGUUGAUGGAACCACAUACUAAAAUAGGUACUCCCAUAGUGUAUGUACCAGGUUAGGGCCAGGCCAUAAUUUCAUUCCGAUUUUUCUUAUUUUAGUUCUAUUACAAGUUCAGGGCUGUCUGUGUUAACCAAGUGAAUAUACCACCUGCCCAUAGGUUUCAGUCCCUUUACACAACUUGAUGUAAAAUGGCGAACAAAAUUAGAUACCUUCGUAUUGGUACACAUUAUUCUGGAGCGCCCUAAAAUGUAUUAUCAGCCUUUUGGUUGAUGCUUGGAUAUUUUAUAUUACGAUGUUACAUAUCCCUAACUAUUCAAGUGUGGGCAUGAAAAGUUUGUGAUAUCCCUUAAAUAUCUUCUUGUCAGCUUCGUGUUGUAAGAAAUUUCAACUCCAAUCUAAUUUUGAAAACAAAAACUUUUUUGUAAAUUAUAAAUGGCAAAUUAAAUUAGCCAUGUAUUAUCCACAAAACCCAUUCAUCAUAGAACCGUUUAUUUUUUAUUUUGUUGUCAAAUUAUUACAUUUUAUUCUGUCAAGUGCCUUUUCCUUUUUGUUCCUUAAAAUUGUUUAAUUUCAAUCAUUCAUUUGUAGUAUUAUUGCACUAUUCUGUAUUUUAUUAUUACUCUGUUAAAUGAUCAAACUAUCGGAUUCAUGAUUCACAUCAAAAUCACACAUAAAGGUUGGCCGAGAAAAAUAAAAUGGUCAUAAAUAUAUUUUAAUGAUUAUAUGAAUAUGAAUAUUUUAAGGUGUUUAUUUGUCGUUUAUGAAAAGCAGUAACAUAGCGAUAUUAGGAAAAUGUUGUUAUGUUAGUAUGUUCAACUUUGAUAUUGAUUACCGAUUAUGUUGAGUGGAGUAGUACGAUUUGCGGCCAAGAGGGGAGCAUGGUUCGAAUUCCCUUUUUCAACCAGAUGAUGAAUUAUAUCUCGCUUUAGGAAGCAUUUAACUUUUUUGUUUUGAUAAAAUUGUGUGUUCCUAUCUUUCUGUGCCUGAAUUUUUAUAUACUAUUUUGAUUCUGUAAAACAAUAUAGUUUAUCUCGUUUCCCAACCUAUGUGGCAACAGUGUUUUGACAGAAGUUCCACCGGGUUCAAGACAUGUCCAAGUCAUUCCGCUGAAACGACUCAUUUUUGAUGAAUAGGGACUUGAGUCGGGCCAAUGACUAAAGCUCUCACAAUACUAAUUGACAAUGUCUCUAAAAUUCAGGUAACUGGCAAUUUACAUUUUACCAGUCUCAUAAGUUAUUUUCACAUUGGAGAAUCAUAUUUUGAUCACUAGUUUGGUUUUACCCAGAAUUCAUCGGCAUUUUCCAUUUUUAUUUUUUCUGUAAAGUUCAUCAUUAUGUCAUUUUAUUAUUUUUAUCUUUCAUUGUGUAAGACUAUUAUUGAAUUGAAAUAAAGUUGAAACA